AUGCUCCGUCCAGAGGUCGUGUACAACUACGUCGAAGACGUAGAUCCAAACCUCGACACCGAGCCGCUGGUUCAGCUCAUGCUCGAUGAGCUCCAGGUACGCUGCGAGGCUGAGGGCUGUGGAAAGGUGAUGCAGCGCGGGCUCCUCCUCUCCCACAUCCGGUCAUGUACGCAGGCAGUCGUCACGUGCGGCGACGACAGCUGCGGUCUCUCAAUGGCCCGCCACCGCAUGCCCCACCACCGAGCGUAUGAGUGCUUCCAGCGACGCAUGGCGUGCAGCAAAUGUGACAUUACUCUUACUUUCAAAGAGGCGAAGGACCACGCGCACUCAAGCUGCCCUCCACAUGCCGACGGCGAGUGUGCGUCAGACAAGUGCGAGUUCUGCGGCGACCCUCUUACGACACGACCAGCACUUCACAGAUGGACAUGCCCCUCUGCCCCUGUCCCAUGCUCGCAUGCCGACCGCGGUUGCGCCUCAAUCGUGUCACGACAAAGCCUGGAGAACCACUUGGCAAGCUGUCCCUUUGAGGCCAUGUCGAGCUUCUUUACGAUAACAGAAGCGCGGUUCACGGCCCUCGAGCGCAAGUUUGAACAAGUCCAGGCGGAGAAUGAGGGGCUGCGGUCGCAGCUGUGGGGUUUGCGCCGUGGUCUGAUCGUCCCGCGGAGUCUCUGGGCCACCGGCGACGACCAACCUGUCGUCGACAUCUCAGCGUCGGCACCUCCGAGUCCUCAGCAUCCUCCGGCGUUGGUACGUUCUGCCCAGGAGGGCGCACCAGAGGGCAGUACCUCGACCUCAUCACACAUGUCGAGCGACAGCCCACGCACCGUGGCCGAAGACGCCGACGCUACCCCUGUUCCACCACCGGACGUGUCGCCCGCUGCGGUUUCCGAAUCGACUACAGCGGCCCAGACACGCCUCCGUUCCGGUAGCACUCUCCUUCAACCCCCCUCGGGCAUGUCCUAUACCGACUGGGUGGUGAGCCGACUACCCGGUCCCAGCGCAUACCAGACCGAAGGUUGUGCAGCGCUCCGGUCGGCUAUUAUCCACCUCGCCGCCGGCCUGGACGCCGCAGAGCGCCGAAGCGAAGUGCGGAUCACGACGGAGAGCUUGCGGAUACUGGAGGAAGUUGCGACGCUUCGCGCCAUCAUUCGGCCAAUGCGAAUGCAGGUCCUCUCAGACCGACCCAAUUCCCCCCACGUUAACCGCUUCCCAUCCUACUCCUACUCCCAGUCACAAGAGAACCACCCCUCCAUCCCAACCCCGCCGCUCUCGACCUCGCACUCACUGGCCAACGAGACUCUAGCGUCUGACAGCGACGACGACGAACUGCUAGCACGCACGAGUAUCCCCGAAUCCGUCGUCUUCUCUUCUUUAGGUGUCGGCGUCCUCCAACACCGUUCUAGCGUCAGUUCGCUAGCGACAGCUGCCGGGAGCAGUAGGCGCGGGAGCGUCGGUGUUGGUGGUUAUGCGGCCGUCCAGCCCCGCGAAUGGACCGGCAGGCCGUGCGCAUUCCCGCCUGCGCCGCCCGAGCCUGAGCCAUCAGGACGCACAAGCCGUGAGUUUCUCGUUGCAAACAGCAGGUUGAGGCUGACGACCAAGGCCUGA